AUGCAAUCGGGGGUGAACAGGGCCAGGUAUCAAAAUACAAAGUUCCUGCAGAGACUCGAGCUGGCAUUGCUGGAUUCAGAGUCGAGACCUCUCGCACACCUCUACCUGAAGGAAGGAGCCGUGCCCAAGUAUGAUCAUAAACCAUUAGGGGGUCUGCUACAGUAUGAUCGGCCAACACCAGCCCUGGCAGCAGCGCGCAUUCAGCGAUGGUCCUUACUCUUAGGCGGAUAUGAAGAUAGAAUAAAAACCAGGUCGGUCACUGUACAGAACUGGGACACGUGUGAGUUCUCUUCUGGAGAUAAUGUUCUUGUGCACAACUACGGGGAACGGGAGAAGUGGACGGCCGGUACUGUGAAGUCUACGUCUGGGGCACGAAUGAUAACUGUUCAAACCCCUUCACAAGUGGUUCGUCGACAUGCUGACCAGGUACGUCUCCGGCACCCGAGCAACGCCCAAGAUGCAGCCAGUGCAUGGACCAGAAGGACUUAUUACUUAUUCUCCCUGAAAAACAGCCAGCUGGGAGUCAUGAUGGAGAUAAGCUCUGCAGCCCUGAGUCUCAACUGACGAAGACGUGACUGAUCGACAAGAGACAUUACAAGUACGACGAUCUAGUUGAGUGCGCAAACCAGAUGAACGUUUUGGUUAUUAAGGGUAUUGUUACUGUGUUGGUUUUUCAAAGGGAAGAGAAAUGUUAUAACGUUGCUUUGCUUAUACGAGUGUGAG